AUGGCAUCUCACUACCACCACGACGGCGGCUGCCGCCGUCUUUACCACAACCACCGUGAAAGCACUUAUUAUGCCACGCCACCACCCUAUUGCUGUGGAGAUUCUAGUCGUUGCUGUACUCAAUCCUCGCCGCCGAAUCUAGAUCAUCUUCUUCGUCUAAUUGCUUCCUACCUCCAAAAUCAACAACAACAGCAAGAAACUCAAUGUUCCUGUGAAACUCUACCACAGAGAUUUAACGCCGUUAAACGACAUAGUUUCGGGAACCAGCAGCAGCAACAGAAGAGCGUUCAACGAGAAUACGACAAUCUUCUCCGGAAAAUCGACGAUCUCGAUUUGUCCCUCAAUCGAUUCUCGGUUCGCCGCGACUCUUACUCUACAUUGAAAAACUCGGCGGCGCGUGUGAUUCAGACCCAUUUCCGGUCUUACCUGGUUCGCAGAUCCGUAUCACUCAGGCAACUCAAGGAGCUAGCUUCGAUCAAAUCAAGCUUCUUAUCUCUCAAAUCCUCGGUUUCUGGCAAAACCCAUUUCCCUUUCGAAGCUGUUUCUCGAGAAGCUACAGAUUUGCUUCUGCAAUUGGAUUCCAUUGAGGGUAGGGUUGAUUCAAUGAUACGAGAUGGCAAAAGAACAUUGUGUAGAGAUUUGGUGAGGUUCUUACACUACAUUGAUGAUUGUGCUGUGCAAAGGCGCAAUAUUGUUUCUAAAUCUGCCAAAGAUGUGAGCUUUGGGGCUAAACGUCUUGUAGGAGAAGAUAGAACCACCGAGAAAUCGAAGAAGAAGCAAAUAAGAACAAUCUAUGUUACUUCAAGUGGCGACGAGGAGAACAUUGCUGAGCUAGAAGAGUUUCAUUUCAUGAGUGAAGAAGAUGGUCAAGAAAUCCCAAUUGUUUCUGUUGAGAAAAGCCGAAAGAUUGGAACUUCAAAGUCUAUAGUUGGGGAAUCGGUGAAAGGAAACAAAGUGAAGUGUGGUAAAGAUAGGAAUGUCUAUGAGUUAACUUCGAGUGCAGAGGAUGAUGAAAUCUUGAUGAAGGCUCGUGGUUCAAGAAGUGGAGUUGCCGUUAAAGGCGGUGGAGAGAAAACACGGGUGGUGAAAACUGUGAGCUUUGAUGAGGAUGGGAACGUUUAUAAGGUUUAUGGAGAUACGUCAGAGGCAAGUGUAAGUGGUGGAGAUGACAGUUCCACAAGCGGAUCAAACAACGAAGCUGGAGAUGGUUACAAUGAGGUUGAGGAUAUCAGAUAUGUGACCAAGGAGAAUGAAGAAGAAGAAGAAGAAGAAGAAGAAGAAGAAGAAGAAGAAGAAGAAGAAGAAGAAGAAGAAGAAGAAGAAGAAGAAGAAGAAGAUCAGUCUGAGGAUGAAGAAGAGUCUAAUUCAGAAGGGAGUAAAGAGGAAGAACAGGUUAUCAAAUAUGUCAGCCCCACGGGAAGAAAUGAACAACACACGCGGCGAAAAGAAAGUUCAAUGUUCUCUCCUCCAUUGCCACUAAAAAUGGAACCUUGA